CCACAAGCCUUCUCAUAGAACAAAGUUUAAGUACUACUUAGUAAGUAAGAAUUCCACACCAUGGCUUCCAACUUUGAGCUUUCAGAAAGAAGCAGCCCAAAACAACAAAGAAUCAGUCCAAGAGCAGAGAAGGAGGAAGUGGACUACAUGCAGAGAGCUCAGUGGCUAAGAGCUGCCUUGCUCGGAGCCAACGAUGGUCUGGUCACAGUCGCGUCGCUCAUGAUGGGUGUUGGUUCUAUCAAAGAAGACGUUAAAGCAAUGUUGCUUGGUUUUGCCGGCCUUGUAGCAGGUGCGUGCAGUAUGGCCAUUGGAGAGUUUGUGUCUGUCUGCACACAAAGGGAUAUUGAAACUGCUCAGAUGAAGAGAGCUAUUGAGACUAAGACAUCACUAUCAGCAAUCGACGAACAAGAUGAGGAGGAGAAGAAAGAGCGGCUACCAAAUCCAGGACAAGCAGCGUUGGCAUCAGCGUUAGCAUUUUCAGUGGGAGCAGCAAUGCCGCUUCUUGCAGCUGUAUUCAUAGAGAAUCAUAAGGUAAGAAUGGCGGUGGUAGCGAUCGUGGCCACCCUGGCAUUGUUGGUGUUUGGAGUGACCGGUGCGGCUGGAAAGACAAGUGUGUUCAAGUCAAGCGUUAGGGUGGUCAUUGGUGGCUGGAUGGCUAUGGCUCUUACCUUUGGUCUUACCAAGUUCAUUGGUUCCGAAGCCAUGCAAAUCUAGACACUCUUUCGGUGAUCAUCUUGUUUUCAUGCAUCUCAAUUAAUAAUGUUUGUUGUGUUUGUAUCAUAUAAGCCCACUAUCUCACCUCAACUAUGUAUGGAAAUUAAUACAUCAAGUGCACAACAAACACCAAAAAGGUUAAAUAAAUGGUCUUGUUAAUCGAUCUUUCA